AUGGAGAGUGCUACUGGCUGGCACCAGUCCUUGCCAGGUCGAGCUAUCAGGACAAACCAGGACCUUCUGCCUGAGACACCGUGGACCCAUAUCUUCUACAAUGACUUUUGGGGGACACUACUCACUCAUAGUGGAAGCCACAAGUCCUACAGACCUCUCUGCACGCUCUCCUUCCGCAUUAACCAUGCUGUUGGAGGGAUGGACCCGUGGGGCUACCACCUUGUAAAUGUUCUGUUACAUGCUGCAGUCACAGGCCUUUUCACAAACUUCUCCAGGAUCCUGUUUGGGGAUGGGUACUGGACCUUGAUAGCAGGCCUGCUGUUUGCAUCUCACCCGAUCCACACGGAAGCCGUAGCGGGGAUCGUAGGGAGGGCAGACAUCGGAGCCUGCCUCUUCUUUCUCCUUUCCCUGAUGUGUUACAUGAAGCACUGCUCUACCAGAGGUUCCUCACCAAGUACUUGGGGAUGGAUGUUGGGAGCAGGGCUGUGUGCGGGAUGCAGCAUGCUGUGGAAGGAGCAAGGAGUGACUGUCCUGGCCAUUUCAGCAGUGUACGAUAUCUUUGUAUUUCAUCGACUGAAAAUGCAUCAGAUCAUUCCACAAAUCUACAAAAGAAAGUAUUUGACCCUUUUCUUCAGCAUUGGUUUAUUGACCACCUGGGGGACUGCACUGCUGGGUGUCCGCUUAUACUGGAUGGGCAACAAGCCCCCGAGUUUUUCCAAUUCUGACAAUCCAGCAGCUGACUCAGACAGUUUUCUCACACGUACGCUGACCUUCUUUUACCUGCCAACCAAGAACCUCUGGCUGUUGCUGUGCCCAGAUACACUCAGCUUUGACUGGUCUAUGGAUGCUGUGCCUCUUCUGAAAGCAGUCAGCGACUGGAGGAAUCUACACACUGUGGCCUUCUAUGCUGGACUACUCCUCCUUGCCUACUUUAGCUUGAAGGGCUCCAGCAGUGAGAGAGAAUGCAAUGGGAGAACUGUAAUGAAUGGCAAGCAGAAUGCUAAUGGGCAUAGCUGCCACUCAGAGAUGGAGUACAAGACACUGGAGGUGAAGUCAAGUUUUGCAUCAAAAGAAGAGAAUGGUAUAAAAAAGCAUGAAAUGCAGACAAUGCAGCUUCCUUCAACUGAGAACAUUGUCAUUCUAUCUCUGUCUUUGUUAAUAGUGCCCUUCGUUCCUGCCACAAACCUAUUUUUCUAUGUCGGCUUUGUAAUAGCAGAGCGUGUGCUGUAUGUUCCUAGUAUGGGCUUCUGCCUGCUGGUUACAGUAGGUGUCAGGGCCCUUUAUGUCAAAGCCCAAAAGCGCUUUCUGAAGAACUUGGUUUUUUGUUCCACUGCUGCAUUAAUUGUUUUCUAUGGACUCAAGACUGUUGUCAGGAAUGGGGACUGGCAGAAUGAGGAGAUGCUGUAUAGGUCAGGGAUAAAAGUGAACCCUGCCAAAGCAUGGGGUAACCUUGGAAAUGUUCUCAAGAGCCAGAGCAAGAUUUCUGAAGCUGAAAGCGCCUAUAGAAAUGCCUUGUACUACCGCAGCAACAUGGCUGAUAUGCUUUAUAAUUUAGGAUUACUACUUCAGGAAAACAGCAGGUUUUCAGAGGCAUUACAUUACUAUAAACUGGCAAUUGGUAGCAGACCCACACUAGCUUCUGCCUAUUUAAAUACUGGCAUCAUCCUGAUGAACCAAGGGAAGACAGAGGAAGCCAGGAGGACUUUCCUGAAGUGUUCAGAGAUCCCUGAUGAAAAUUUGAAAGAUCCUCAUGCUCAUAAAAGUUCUGUUACUAGCUGUCUUUAUAACUUAGGAAAACUUUUUCAUGAACAAGGGCACUAUGAGGAUGCCCUUGUGGUUUACAAAGAAGCAAUACAGAAAAUGCCAAGGCAGUUUGCACCACAGAGCUUAUACAACAUGAUGGGAGAAGCCUAUAUGAGAAUGAGCAGGCUGCCAGAAGCAGAGCGCUGGUACGUGGAAUCACUGCGAUCCAAGAGCGACCACAUCCCAGCCCAUCUCACCUAUGGAAAACUGCUGGCUCUGACGGGACGCAAGAGUGAAGCAGAAAAGUACUUCCUGAAGGCUGUUCAGCUGGAUCCUACCAAAGGAAACUGCUACAUGCAUUAUGGUACGUUUCAGAUAGAUAGGGUUUCCACACAUAUUCCAGGAUUGCUGUUAAUCUCACCGAGUGAUUAA